AUGACGCCGCCGCAGCAGCCACCAGAGAGCCCGGUUCCCGGAAGGGUCUCAAAGCUGGCCAGGAGACCGCAUCGCAAGUCUAGAAACGGCUGCUUCAAUUGCAAGAGGCGGAAAGUAAAGUGUGACGAGGUGAAGCCUGCCUGCUCGAACUGCAUCCGCUUCGGCAUUCCCUGUGAUUUUGCGCCACCGCCUCCGCCUCCGUCCAACAAGGACCCGGCGCCGAAGGCAGUAGCUGUAGAAUUUGUUGCCAAUCAAGCAGGAGAGCUGUCUACUGCCCCGCGCCGGGGUCCGGGUCGGCCACGCAAGGAUUGGGCAGCUCUAGCGAAGCCGCUUCCGCAGCCCACGGAGAGAACCGGAUCAUCGCCCGUCUCGAACGUCACCACGCCGGCGUCAACUUCAACCGUCUCGGAGCCAAUAGUCUGCUCCUUCAAUGUCGCUGACGCUGAGCUGCUUCUCUAUUUUGUUACUCACACGGCCUCUAGCCUUCACGAUUCCGAGGAGGCAGACUCCAGCAUUGGUCGGUUCUGGGAACGAAACGUCCCCCAGAUUGGUCUUUCCUAUCAUUUCGUCCUUCACCUUUCUUAUGCGUUGGCUGGAUAUCAUUUGGCCUUUUCAGAAACUGGCAACAGUGAUCGGCAUGCCCAGUAUCUCGCCCUUGCUCGACACCACUCAGAAACUGGCUUGGCCGAGCUGAACAAAACGUUACCAAGCCUUGACGAAACCAAUUGUGGCGCACUCUAUGUCUCCGCAGUGCUCGUAUGCUACUGUGCCUUUGCUGCAGGCCCGACAGGCGCCACCGAUCUUCUCGUCUGCAACGUCGACGACAGCGCACCACAGCGUUGGCUGCCCUUGAUCCACGGCGUGCGAUUGAUCCGACAGACAGUCGAGCCGGCCACCCUCUUCACUGGCCUUAUGGAGCCCCUCGGAGGCUCACCGGACCGAGACGAAGAUCACCGACCCAUGUAUCUUAUCGGGGGAUUUCCUCAUGUUGAAUGGGUUGAGCCAGUCGAAAAGCUGCAAAAGUGGAUAGAAUCCUACGACACCCCUGAUACAAUCAUCUAUGUGCGAGCUCUCUCGUCAUUGACGGAAAUAUACGAAGCCAACUACGGCGGCAAAAGUGGCAUCCCCGGUGGCGCCACACACAAUAAGUUCGUGUUUGGGUGGCUAUAUCGUAUGCAUGACCUCUUUGUCGCCUGUCUUCAGCGGAAAGAGCCACAGGCGCUGCUGAUAAUGGCCUAUUACGUUCCUCUGUUGCGAACCCUUAAGAAAUGUUGGUUCAUUGACGGCUGGUCAAAACAUCUACUCGGCACAAUACGAGGAAUGCUUAACCAAGAUGUGUUGGGCUGGCUUGAAUGGCCCGUUCAAAUAGCGUUGCAGCGGCCGUGA